AUGAUAUUCAGCAAGCCAAUGUUUAACUAAUAUUUGUCGCAAUAGAGCAUUCCAAAAUUUUACACAAACGAUAAGUAAAAUAUAAAAUUAUAUUUGAUUCCUUAUGAUGUAAACAAUCCUCAAAUGAUUCCAGAGAAAUUAUUGGAAAAAAAUAAGCAAAUCUAACUAACAAUAGAUUCACCCAGAAAUUUUAAACCGAUUCAAAUUAAUCCUAAAAAAAAAUAUGAACUGCAAAAUGGAACUAUGCUCUAAAUUACGAGAAAAUAUGGAGUCAAUGAAGAUUAUGUUCAUAUCUAAGAUCUCUAUAGAGGAAUUAUAAAAAGUGGGGAUUACAAAUUGCCGUUUUAAGUACCAACCAAAUUUGGGAUGAAUUCAAGUUUUUUAUAUCGAAAUUAAGAUGGUAUGAUUUGAAUAAUUGAUAUAGGAUUGCAAUAAGCUAAAAUCUAAUAUAAAAUCUACUUGAAGAUCAUCGAUUUGCAAUCAAAUUAAGUCAUAGUCCAAAAGAGCGUUCCCAUUUACAUUAAUAGCAGAUAUAAAUUGACUGAGUAGAAAAGAGAGAGCGAAGGAAACAUAGUUUAGUUUUUUUGUCUUCAUAGAGGUAUGAUAGAACUAGGUAUCAGAACUGCAAAGAAUCUUUAUAAGCCAGGAGAAGUCCUUGAAUUGGAAUACAUUUUAAACACUACUAGAUCAUAAAGAUCCAUAACUAAAGUGGAAGUUAAAUUAAAUCAUUUCUUAAGUUUUACUGAUGAUGAUGAAAAUGAGAGAGUCAUUGAAAAUAACACAUUAUAUUCAAAUGUCUUGCCUGGCAUAUCUGCAGGGAAGAGAAGUGAUGGCUUAAAGUCUUCAAUUACACUAUCUGAUGAUUUGACUGCAACAGUUAAAAUGUAAUUUAUUAAAAAUCAUUACAUCUUAUAAGUUUAAGCAUUUGCAGUAAUAAACUUAUAUUAUAUAUUAUAGGAUGGAUUGCUAACUUCUUUGGCUAUUCCAGUUGUCUGCUAAAUUCCUGUGAUUAUAUUGGAGAGUAGAAAACAGGAACAACCUGAACUUAAUGACUGGAAAUUGAAUACUAAACAAGAGAAUAAUUCAUUUUACUAAUUCACAUGUUAGUAGUAGUAAUUGUUUAUUUGAUAUUAUAUAUAAUAAAUAUUUAUAUUAAUUUUGAAAUGAUUACUAAAUAAGAAGCAAGAAAUUAGAAUUUUCUAAAUUUAAGUAACUAAAGUAAUUACUAUUAUCUAAGAAUAGACUGAAGCAUUUUUGAAAAAUUAAAAAAAUAAACAAUCACUCCUCAAGGUUCAUUUAGAUCUAAAGUGCAUUAAUUAUGCAUAAAUGAAAUUAUUUCUAACAAAUAGAGCUGAAUUUAUCAAAUUAAACAUCCCUGCCAAUAUAAAGAAGUAAGAAAUUAAAGCGGAAUAACCUCCAUAACCUUAGCUAUGCUAAAAUCAAGUAUAAUAGCCUCAAGCGUCUAAUUAACAAUAAUUUGGUUUUGUCUAAGCUAAUUAAUUAAUGCCAAAAAAAAGAUUUUAACCACCAACUAAAGUAGGUGACAAGAGUAAAUAAGAAUAAUUAGCAUAAAAGAAUGAAAAAUAGUCAAAUUAGACUAACUUCGAAGAUAAUAUAAUUAAUAAAAUUGAAUCUGAUAUCAUAGAAAUCAUGGAUAGACCAACUCAAUGGACAGAUAUAGUUGGUUUAGAUCAUGUAAGAGAUCAAGUAGUUGAAAUAGCCUUGUGGCCUUUGGAGAAUCCAAAAUUAUUCGAAGGCAUAAUUGCACCAGGCAGUGGAUUAUUGUUAUUUGGGCCACCAGGAACAGGAAAGACUAUGAUAGGUAAGGCCAUAGCUAGUGAAGGCAAGGCUACUUUCUUUUCUAUUAAAGCUUCCACCUUAACAUCUAAAUAUGUGGGAGAAGGUGAAAAAACUGUGAGAGCCUUGUUUGCAUUGGCUGCUUAGAGAUAACCCAGUGUAAUAUUUUUUGAUGAAAUCGAUUCUCUUUUAUGUGCUAGAUCCGAGAAGGACAAUGAAACAAGUAGAUAAAUCAAAACAGAAUUUAUGGUUCAAUUAGAAGGAGCUACCAGAGGAGGAUGUGAAAGAAUAGUUUUUAUAGGGGCUACAAAUAGACCUUAAGAAUUAGACGAUGCAAUCAAAAGGAGAUUUUAGAAAAAGAUAUAUAUACCUUUGCCUAAUAAGGAGGGGAGACAAUCAUACUUUGAAAACUUAAUUAUUAAAGAAGCAAAAGAAGGCAAGAGGAUAGAAAUGAAUACUUCAGAAAUGCAAACUUUGGUAGAUUUGACUAAGGGAUACUCAGGAGCUGAUAUUAGAAAUUUAAGCAGAGAAGUAAAAUGUUCUUAAACUUCAAUAGGCUUGUAUGUAUGCAAUUAGAGAUGCUGCUAAAAUGUAUACGAUAAAAAAUUUGAAAUUGGAUUAGAUUAGAGCUACUACGAUAGAGGAUUUUAAGAGAGCUCUUCAAAUUGUGAAGCCCACAGUUAAUCAAAAUGAUUUAAAAGAUUACUUAAAAUGGAAUUAACAAUUUGGAUCCUAUAAUUAUGAUGCAGAUUGUUUAGAUACUUGA